GAGAUCACGUGGGGAGGAUAAGAAAUCGAAUUGAUGGGUUCAUGGGAAUGCUCUUAUCGCGGAUCUUGCCUCGUUUGACCACGCUCUCUCUCCCAUUUCUCCAAUAUUAUUUCUCGUUUAAUAAUUUUUAUUUUAUUACAAUUGUUUUAAAAAAUCAUGAGAGAUUGUUUUUGUGUUCACAUGUGGUGGUAUAAAUACAUAGAAGACUCCUCUUCAAUCCAACUCCAAAACUAAAGCGAAGAAGCAAUCCACUAUCAAAACUAAUUUCAUCUUCUUCUUUUGUGUCUAACCCAUAAAAGAAUGACUUCAUGGAAGAAAACUAUCACAACGCCAUUCAAGAAAGCGGCGACGUUCUUUAACCAACCGCAGCAAACGUCGCACAACCGCCACGCUAACUCGAAAGCGAGGGAGGAACAUGAGAGAAGAACGGUGAAUGAGCUUCAAGGUGAUGUCAUGGCUUGUGGCUAUGAAGAUGUCCUCGUCAUGUGGUCAAUUCUUGACAAGUCAAACUCUUCCAACAAUCUCAGUUCUUGAUUAGUUUAUUACAACAAAAACUAUUCGAAUUAUCUCUUUUCCAUUUUAUCUUCUGUGUAUAGUUGUAUUAGCCCGCCAUGUCUCUCAUCUUUCUCCUUUAUCUUCAUGUACGCGGCUUCUUUCUUUAGCUUUUAGUGAACUAUGAUCCGAUGAUUAGUUCUGAUUCGGAUGUUAUUAAUCCCCGUGAUGAUCUAAUCGACUUCACGGUGCGAUUUUUCAUUUAGUUUGAAAAAUCAAGUCUUUUGAUGUUA